AGCAAUUGAGUUGAAACGUGGGGGGGAAGGCGUUCCGAAUUGUCUCGAACGCUGCAUUAAAACAGUAGAAACGUCACCGUGACGUCACUGCAGUUGCCGGUCCGGAGGUUGGUCUGUGCGUGUGCGUGUUCAUUGGCGGGUUUUGUUGAAUGUUGACUGGUUCAGACGGAAGCAAAAUAGUUAAGUGAGUGUGUGGAUCCUCGUCGAUUGAUUAAGUUUGCGGGGUAUAGUAAGCUAGGUCGAUGCACUGCUGUAAAAGUCGUGUCCUAAGAACUUUGAAAGAGCCUGCAGUCAAACUGUGAUUUUACAGACACAAACCUGCAGUCAAAAACGGGGCACCGGCAUGUUUGAAGUGUUCAUAUAUGACACCAAGAAGGAUUUGGGGCCCCUGACCCCUAACUGGUUUGAGGAACUGACUGCGAAAGCAUCAAGAAAAGAUGACUCAGAUGUGGGAGAAGCGAUGGCUUCUGGACCAUCAUGCCACGAAGACGUCGCCAUUAAACUCCCUGGAGUUAAAGCUGAAAUAUUUCUGGGCAGUCAGACGUCUACACCCAAGCUCCUUACGAAGCCAUUACUCGCCUCUCCAGAAUUCUUGACAGAAGGAACCCCUGCAUCUGCACAGAUCUUCAUUGAGUCUAGCCCAUACCUAUUUGGGUCAGCAAAAGAGAGCGGGCCUUUCAAACAACAAAACAGUGCAGUGCCAAAAAUAGUCAGUGAACCAGAGGACACACCUAAAAGAUUUUCGUCUAAGGUUGUUCAGCGGAUUUCGGAAAGCCUCGGUGCCCAGAUCAAUCCUGACUUGUCCUGGAGCAGUUCUUUGAACACCCCUUCGUCUCUGACGCCCACCUUCAUUUUAUCUAAGAGAGAAGAACCAAGCUCUACAGUCAAGACUACUGAGGAAAGGGUUGUUUUUGUGCGGAAGCUUUUUCCUCCCAUCUUCAAAGAUGACAUCUUGCCAACAUCAGAAGAGGAUAGGCUGUCCACUGAGAAGGCUAAAGAGGAUGGAGAACUGCUCACCACCGUAGAGAGUGUUCUUGAUGGGACUGAGGAGAUCCUGUCCUUCUUCUUCACCAGCAGGAAGGCGAAGACCAGAGAGCGGGGUGGAUGCACACAGUCAGACGGGCCCUUUAGUGAUGCCACCAGGCCAGGAGAGAUUAGCAGUCCCCUGAAGAACAGAAACUGUGAAACUACACAGUGGACUCCUUUAAGCUUGUCUGAGAUUUCAGGCUCGUGCUCAGUUGAGUCAUCCCUCACUAACCAGCAUCGUGAACACGACUAUGCCUCUCAGUGUCACCAGCAGACAUCUGUAGUGUGUGUUACUGAUGGGCAGAAAUCCCAGUCAGAAUUACAGCUGGAUGCACCUCAGGUGUUUGUUUCCCCACUGGAUGCCAUAUCUGCACCUUCCUUGUCUAGGAAACCCAAGAAGUUUAUGUACCCUGUAGGAGACUCAGCAUCUUCAAGGCAAGAUGUCAGGCAGCGGUUCUACAAACCACUUCAUCAGUCUCCUACAAUGCCAUGCCCUGACAUUCUUAAAAGUGGACAAUCCUCUGAAAGUACAAAACAGCAAACAGGAGGGCAGUGUCAAGAAGUUCACAGAAGCAGAAGUCAGGUUGUUCCUUCUACCACUUUUGAAAAAGAUGUUGACAUGACACAGCUGUGCAAGGCAUUUGCAGAGGACUUUAGUCAGGAGGAGGUUGUCCAAAGCAGAUCACCUGUGAGACGUGAGGAGGUGGUGCCGUGCCAGGGCUCCUCCACUCCAUCUGGUCCAGAGAAGAAUUCGGAUGCUAGAACCCAACCGCUGUGCAAGCAAGAGACCGACCCCAUCAAUAAGCAAAAUAGCUCUCACAUCACAGGACAGCAUGGCAUCCUGUCACAGCCAGAUAUAAGUAACAGACGUCUAGUUAAGGUUCCCCAAACAGGAGAGAGUAAAACACUCAACCACAACAACAACACAACCUCCAAUGGUAGCCAUUCAACAACAGGUUAUGAAGUUUCCAGGAGUUUCACAGCUUCUCAAAACCAACCUUUUUCUGGUUUCAAAACAGCCAGUGACAAGAUUAUAUCCUUUCCCCAGGAGGCCAUAGAGAGGGCAAAGGCCUUACUGGAUGAAUUUGCAGAAUCUGACAUCACUGACUCUCCCAUCACUGCCCUACCCAGCAAAGACGGAUCAGACAACACUAAAGGCACUCAGGACGGUAGAAAGAGGAGCCAUCUCAGCUCAAGGCAGCAGAACACCACACGCCAGAAGAACAGUACUCCCCAUUCCCCUUCGGAUGUGUCUGGUUUCAGAACUGCAGCAGACAGAAGAAUUAGUGUUUCUUCAUUGAGUAUCUGGAAAGCCAAGAAAAUGCUCAAGGAAUUAGAAGAUGAAUCCACCACAGACAACCUCAUUGGAAUCAAAUUAAAGGAGGCUGGUGAAAAAGCACGAGACCUGAAGUCAGUACUGGAUGUGACGAGCAUAUCCCCACCAGCAGAUGCUUGUUCCCCCUUAACGGCAUCACAAAGAGCCGAUGUGUCCGAGCUCUGCAGCCUGUUGGAGGAUGCCAACAGCCAGUGUGAGUUCACGCAGGUCAAACCAGCCAAGGUGAACUCCAGCAAACCCCCGGAAUCUGUUCAGCAGACUGGAGGGAAAGAAUGGGACCCAGACAUUCUGACGGGCAUCAACUUCGAUGAUAGUUUUAGCACUGACAUAGAACAUCAUAUGCCUGUACAGAAAGGUAGUGUUAAAUUAAACAAAGCUUUACAGGUCAAGGUUCAAAAUAUGUCAGUAGGUGAAAUGUCAUCACAAUCAGAAAACAUACCAGUUUCUGUAGAUUUUAAGAUUGAUUUGAACGCUUCUGUGAAAAAUCUAAUACCAGCACUGGGCUAUUCUGAUGAUUUAGAUAGAAGUCACAAAAGCCAUGCUGAAAAGGUGAAUAGGCAAAAUGUCAUGAUCAGGAAUCCAGAGUUCCCUGACAGCUCUAGUACUGAGUCAUCAUUGGACAACUGUAGCUCUGACACUGUUUUUUUCAUCAAGAAAACCCCCAAAUCUGUCCUCAGUAGAACUAGGCAGUCUGAGGAUGAAGAUAUUCUUGGUAAAACUAUAGUGAAGAUGAACUCCAGUAUAACACUCAAUUCAGCUGGUUCUUGCUCAGAGGAAAGCUUCUGUGGAUUCAGAACCGCGGGAGGCAGAAAAGUGCAUGUGUCUGAAACGGCAUUACUCCAGGCAAAGGCACUUCUGAGUCACCAUACUGAGUCUGAUGACACAGAAUCUGGGGUGGAGUCCAAAGGUUAUAUAAAUGCCACAACACAUGAUGAUGAAACAAGGUUAAGUGGAACUCAGUCAGCACAGGAGGCGUCUACAGGUUGUGGUGUUGUCACCCCUCACAGGCUGAAAACAAACAUUACUGGAAGUUCGCUCAAAGCUUUUAGUGGUGGGCCAUCAUGUGGUGGCUUCAACACAGACGGUGCUCAGAUGGUUUCUGUGUCUGUAGAGGAAUCACCAAAGGCCUGGAAUCUGGAUAAGGAUAGUCAGUCAUAUGAGUGUGUAUCUAACGCACACAAUGCAAGUACAGUGACUCAGAAUGCUGAGAUAAAACCUGGAGGAGGGUACAAGACUGUAAGUAAGGACGUUGUGUGUGUUUCAAACAAGGCCCAUCAGGCGGCAGUGACUUUAAGAGACUGUGCUGGAUGUGCCGUGAAUUCAACCUGCAUAGAAGCAAAACCAGAUGCUCCAUUGGAAUCAAAUUUGAUGGGUUGUGAUCCAGACAAAAGAAACACUGGUUUCCGAACUGCUGGGGGGAAAUCUGUGUUUGUGUCUGAAGAAGUGCUGUCAAAAGCGAAAAGUAUUUUGAGUGACUUUCUAGAGAAUGGCCAUGAUGAGUUUGAUUUUACGAAGUCUUCAGUAAAAACUUCUCCAGUUACUAAAAAUUCAGUUUUUUACACAGAUAUAGGUAAAAUGUCAGUUUCUGGAAAACCUACUCAGGAGGCUAUGGAUUUGUUCAGAGAUUGUGAUAAGCCAGAAAAAAUGGAACACUGUAGCAACACGGGAACGGGCCACAGUGAUUCAGGAAAAAGCUUUGGAUUUAGUACAGCGAGUGGGAAACGUAUGUCUGUAUCAAGUACUGCUCUUCAGAAAGGAAAGACACUUUUGGAUGAAUGUGUGCAACCACAAGGCCAAGAACAUAUGAAUGGGUCCACAGUGAAACUUCCACCAGUGCAAAGACACAGUGGGCAGCACAGUUUAGGUUUCAGCACAGCAAGUGGUAAAGGAAUAUCUAUUUCAGCUGAGUCAGUUCAAGCUGCAAAAGCAUUAUUAACUGACUGUGAUACAUCAUCAGAAACAAACUGGAUUAAAACUGAACAUGCCCACAAAAAUAGUUCAGUGAAAAAUGAUGCUGGCAGUCCCCGUGGUAUUAAAACUGAGGACUUGAUGACUGAAACCGGAGCCAUGAAUAUCAGUGAACAUUCACUCGGUAACCCAAGAGUCAACCAUUGUGGGUUCAGCACGGCAAGUGGCAAACUUGUAUCCGUGUCCAACACUGCUGUCCAACAUGCCAAGCUCUUGUUUGAUGAAGGCCCAAAACCAGAAGACACAGAGCCCAUAAUGGGUGUUGCACUGCAGCAUGAAAAACAAAUGAAUCGGCAGGACACAAGUCUGAGUUUUCACACAGCAAGUGGCAAAGGUUUGUCCAUACCUGCAAAGUCACUUAAAGCUGCACAUGCUAUAUUUGAUGAUUGCAGUGAAGUUCCAAUGGAAAUAAUGCAAAGAAUCCCUGCUGCCAAUUGUGGAAGAAGCACGGAGAACAACUGUCAUACUGAUCCUGAGGCAAACAACGUUGGGAGUUGUCUUAACAUCACAACAGAGACUGCCCAAAAUGGAGACACAAAACAUGGAGAACAUUCAAGCAUAAGUUUUGGAUUUAGCACAGCAAGUGGUAAAGGUGUCUCUGUGUCAAAGAAAGCUUUGAAGGAAGCAUGUAAGCAGUUAGAGCAAUGUGUUGAUGAUACACUCCCUGAAAGAAAUACUGACUUUAAACCAGGAAAGACCGGCAGUUCCAGCGGCAAACUGUGUCUGGACGCACCUCCAGACCCUGAAAGGAACCAGUGCAACAGUUCCUUCCUGUCAGGACACACUAAAAGAGACUCCUCUGGGUUGAGCUUUCAGUCAGACAAUCUGAGCAGUUGCACCACCACCCAGGAAAGAUACUUCGAACAGGAAGCUAUGGCCUGCGCCAAGGCCUUACUGGAGGAUGAGGAUCUUCAUGAUGCUGCUCUCCAUGUAACAUCAGGUGCAAGUCAAGUAAAUCCACAUGUGGAAAAAAGAUUGAGUGGGAAACGAGAUUUGGAAAAUGACGAUUCCAAAGAUCAGCCACCUUUGAAAAGACGUCUUCUAGCAGAGCUUAACAAGUCAUCAAAUAGACCUCUUCUUGUACCUUUAAAAAGCUCCCCUACUGGUGUUUUGAGUGAUAGGACGGUAAGAUGCAAUGUGCUACUACAGCCAAAUAUCACUCAACCACAUAGGAUUACUGUGGCACCAAAGAGGAUAAAUGAUGAGCCAGAGCUGACCACUUCUGAGUCAUCCUGUGCCAAACAGUUUGGGGAAAGGGUCCCCAUGUUUGUGCCCCCCUUUAGAAAACAGACUAAUCCUGAACGACAGAAAGGGGAGAGAUCAGUAGACCAUAGUGCACCCAGUGUUUUUGUGCCACCGUUCAAAUCAAAAGUUAAUGACAGCAAAAGCCCAUUUCACCCUGCAGCUGAGUCUGAAGGCCACACUGAGGUGCAUGCUAAAUGCAGUGGGUUUGUUCCUGUUAUUAAAAAGACUUGCCCUCAAGCUGAGGCUUGCUUUCAGGACCACUUCACCCCUCUGGAUUCAAGCCAUGGCAGGAUUCUUCCAUGCGAAGAUAGGGAUGAUUUCAACCACAGUGAUGAGCAUGCCCUCAAUCAUGAGGCACCAAACAGAGAUGUACCCACUGCAGGUCUUAAAUCACCUACCCCUUCAGGUCUUAAAUCAUCUACCCCUUCAGAGGAAGCCUUACGGUGCAUACUGCUGGCCAGAGAUAUGCAGGACAUGAGGAUCAGAAAGAAGAAACGGCAGACAAUCAGACCUCUUCCAGGAAGCCUCUUCCUCGCAAAGACGUCUGGCGUUGCCAGAGUCUCCCUCCGAGCCACCGUGGGAUACAAGUGCCCAAGACGGCACCCGGAGAAAUUGUUGUAUGUGUAUGGAGUGCCCUCUGAGGUGGUUCAGGUCAACAGUGGCAGUGCUAAGUCCUUCCAGUUCCUGUGGGAGCACUUCUUCAAGUCGGAGGCGCUCAGCCAGGCUGGUGGAGUUCAGCUGGCUGACGGAGGCUGGCUCAUCCCAGACCACAGAGGAAUGCUGGGAAAGGAGCAGUUCUAUAGAGCACUGUGUGAUACUCCUGGUGUUGACCCAGGGCUGAUCAGUGAGGAAUGGGUGUAUAACCACUACCGCUGGAUCGUGUGGAAGAGGGCCUCCAUGGAGAGAGCCUUUCCCCAGGAGCUGGGUGGCCUCUGCCUCACUCCAGAGCAGGUGCUACUGCAGCUGAAGUACAGGUAUGAUGUGGAGGUUGACAAGAGCCAGAGAUCAGCCCUGAGGAGGAUCACAGAGAGGGAUGACACUCCGGCCAAGACAUUGGUCCUGUGUGUGUGUGGUGUGGAGACCUCUGGGACAGCCUCCAAGACUGAGGGGCCGGUAGCUGCCCUCUGGCUGACGGACGGCUGGUACACACUCAGGGCCCUGCUAGACCCUCCCCUUACUGCCCUGCUGCAGAGGGGGCGCUUGAGUGUGGGAGACAAGCUGGUGACCCAUGGAGCUGAGCUGGUGGGCUCUCAGGAUGCCUGCCCUCCUCUGGAGGCUCCUGAGUCUUUGAUGCUGAAGAUUUCAGCUAACAGCACCAGACCAGCACGGUGGGAUGCCCGGCUGGGUUACCACCGUGACCCACGGCCGUUCCAGCUCCCGCUGGGCACCUUGUUCAGUGAUGGGGGUGUGGUGGGCUGUGUGGACACGCUGGUGUUGAGGUGUUACCCCAUGCAGUGGAUGGAGAAAACAGCUGGAGGGGUGUUCAUCUUCCGCAGUGAGCGUGCUGAGGAGAGGGAAGCCAGGAGUCAUGAGCAGCGGAAGCAGAAGGCCAUGGAGGCGCUCUUCAGCCGCAUUCAGGCUCACCUGGAGGAGGAGGAACAAGGAAAGAGAAAGACAAGGAACCAGAAACGGGCUCUUAGUCGCCGAGAGAUGGAAGCUUUAGAAGAUGGGGAGGAGCUUCAUGAGGCCAUGCAGUCUAACCCUACCUACGUACAGGCUGACCUGCGUGAGGAGCAGCUGUCCAGUCUGUGCAGCUUCAGGCGCUUGUUGGACGAGAGGAGGCAGGUGCAGCUGCAGGAGCGGGUCCGAAAGGCUCUGGAGGAGGCACAGCAGGGGAGUGCCAAUUGCCACAGCAGGGUUGUCACCCCAGUGUGGAAACUUGCAGUCUGCGACUCCACCCGCCAGCAGAGCAGCAGCAGCAGCAGCAGUAAAGGCUCAGUUUUCCUGCUUAACAUCUGGCGCCCCUCCAUGGAGCUGCUCUCCCUGUUGAAGGAGGGGGGCAGAUACCGAACCUAUCACCUGUCUACAUCAGUGGGCAAGAGGAAAGCCACCACCGCUGCUAUCCAGCUCACUGCCACCAAGAAAACAUACUUCGAGAACAUGAAGGUUCUGCCGGAGAUGUUACGGGAAUGUUUCGAGCCACGUCAGUGCGCAAGCUUCAACUCUCUUCAGAACCCUUUGUUCCACUCUCCCUGUGGGGAGGUGGAUGUUGUGGGAUAUGUCAUCUACAUCGCUGACAGAAAUGGUGCCUCUCCAGCGUUGUACCUGGUUGAUGAGAAGGUGGACUUUGUGUCUGUACGCUGCUCUGGGCCUCUGAGACAGCUGGCUGUGGAGGAGCUGGUGAAGCCUCUGGCCCUCUUAAUAGUGAGCAACGCCCUCCUCCGUCAGGCCUCAGCCCCCAUACCAGCCUUGUAUGCAGGAGACUUUACACUGUUUAGGACUAGCUCUUCGGAACCUCAUAUCCAGGAGCGAAUGAGGCAGCUAAAGAGCUUUGUCCAGAGCCUAGAACACUUUUCCAAGGGUGCAGAGGAGAAGCUCUCCAGCCUAAUCCCCAUGCAUGGCUCAUCGAUCCAGCCAUGUCCAAAACCUCUAGGUGGGACAUCUGAUCUCUGUAAGCCACCACCCUUUCUUGAGCCCGUCACCCCUGUGGGCAAGAGGACUCUGGCAGCCAGUGCUUCGGAGGGAAAACAGCCCAAAAACCUGAAGAGAAGGAGGGGUUUUGAGUACCUGUCACGUAUCCCAUCUCCCCCUCCUCUUAACCCCCUGGGUACUGUAAUGUCUCCUCAUGUAAAGAAAACGUUCAAUCCUCCUCGGAGGUCUGAGAUACUGUCUCCUAUGAGCAAAACCCCUAUCCCAUCACCACGAGUUCCCAACCUUCUUCCAUCAGAGGACGAGUGGGUGAAGGAUGAAGAGCUAGCCUUGAUAGACACUCAGACUUUGCUGGAUGGAUUAGUCAAAUAAACCAGACAGGAUUUCCAUUUGAACGCAUGCCUUAAUGUAAGAACAGUAGGUUUGAACACUGACUGUAUUGUAAUUAUAAUUGUAAUUGAAUAGAUUUGUAUUGGCACAUGGUGAUAAAGCAGUACUUGUUUGUACAUACAAUUAUUUAUUUGUGUCCUUGUUGCAGUUGAAAAUAAAAUCAGCGAUGCCUACAUGCUCUCAAGAAUUAAAAGUAUGAGUACUCAGUAA